CACUCACUCACUCACUGUCAAAAAAGCAAAACUCAAAACAAAGUGCGGACCGUUUUUGGUAAUUUUCAUAUUUUUUUAUGAAAAGUAUUACGGAAUAACUUUAUCUCUUCAAGAAAUGAUAAAAUAAUCGUAUAGUUAUUUAUCCAAUAAAAAAUGGAGAGAAUUAACGGCGGUUUGUUACUAAUAUCGCUGUGUGCAUUGCUUUGGGGUGUGGCCGGCCAAUAUGAAUGGCAAAUACGGGAUGCUUUCGACGAAAUUCGAGGGAAAAUGGACAAAGUUACUGCAGAUAACUGUUACAUCACACACCUGGAUGACCUGUACCUGCCAGAAGACUCUGUAUCCCAUCAUCCAGAUGUAAAAGAGAUAAAUAUCAACCCCGUGUUUCCGAAUAGAACGGCUAUGUUGCAUCUACACAACAUGGCAUUGACUCGAGCGUUCUUUUGGAGUUACAUCCUGCAGUCCCGGUUCAUCCGUCCAGCUAUUAACGAUACGUACGACCCCGGUAUGAUGUACUAUUUCCUUUCUUCUGUGGCCGAUGUGUCAGCUAACCCCUACAUAAACGCCAGUUCUAUUUAUUUCUCUCCGAAUAUGUCGUACACUUCGUCAUACAGAGGGUUCUUCAAUAAAACUAUGCCUCGAUUUGCGCCUAGAGCGUUCAGAGCGGACGAUUUCAAUGAUCCCGUCCAUCUACAAAAGAUAUCUACUCUCAAUACAUUCCAUGUGGAAGAUCUUGGAGCGUUUGAUCCAGAGAGCUUGUCCAAAGAUUACACAUCUGAUUUCUAUCGAACAAAUGAAUGGUACCAAAAAUUGCUUCCGGAUAAAGUGGAGAAGAGACAUGACACAAAGACUACAUAUCAGGUUGAAAUACGUUAUGCUAAUAACACCAAUGAGACUUUCACUUUCCACGGUCCUCCAGGGAGUGAUGAAACUCCAGGACCUGUAAAUUGGACCAGGCCCUAUUUCGACUGUGGCCGUUUAAACAAAUGGGUGUUGGCUGCUCUCUCUCCAGUUGCUGACAUUUACCCACGUCACACACAAUUCAGACAUAUCGAAUACCCUACGUACACAGCAGUUGUAGUCAUGGAAAUGGAUUACGACAGGAUAGACAUAAACCAGUGUCCACCGAGUCAAGGGAAUGACAGACCGAAUAGAUUUGCAUCUACGGCUCGAUGUAAAAUUGACACUACAGAAUGCGAACCGCUGCACGGCUGGGGCUUCCGCCGCGGCGGCUACCAGUGCCGCUGCCGGCCCGGUUACCGCCUACCGAGCAUUGUGCGCCGGCCUUAUCUAGGCGAGCUGGUGGAGCGAGCUACAUCCGACCAGUAUUACAACAACUUCGACUGCCUGGAAAUAGGAUGGGUGCAACGCCUGCCAGUGCAGUGGGAGCGCGCGCACCCGUUCAUUCGCGCGCUGUACAGGGACCAGUACUACGAGUACGUGAACGCGACGGCCGGCGCGCGCGCUUUGCACGCCGAGCGCGUCAACGUGUACGAAGUGCUCAACUUCAUCCGCGGCGUGCAGCCGGGGAACUGCUCCAAGUACAACCCAACAGAUUUGACCCUGAAUGGCGAUAUAGCAUUCGGCGCUGAAGAGCAAUUUGAAAACCAAGCCAAGAUGGCCGUGCGACUGGCCAACUUUAUCAGCGCUUUCUUACAGGUAUCUGACCCUCAAGAAGUGUUCAGUGGCACCCGCGUAGCUGAUAAAGCUCUGACCGAAGACCAAAUGAUUGGUGAGACACUGGCUAUCGUGCUCGGAGACUCCAAAGUGUGGUCUGCAGGUACUUACUGGGAUAGAAACAAGUUCACAAAUCGCACGUUCUUCGCACCAUUUGCUUACAAAACUGAAUUGAACACAAGAAAGUUCAAACUGGAGGACUUGGCGAGAUUGAAUAAGACAGAGGAACUCUACACCAACAAACCAUGGUUCCAAUUCUUGAAGCAGCGUUGGUCGACCAACUUCGACAGCUUGGAACAGUUCUUCCUCAAGAUGAAGAUCCGCGAUGACGAAUUUGGGAAAUACUUGAAGAAGUACGAGAGAUUCCCGACUUACUACAGGGCGGCUAACCUAAAGCAUGGCCACUGGACCAGGCCCUACUUUGACUGCGAUGGACACUUGAAGCAGUGGGUGAUUACGUAUGCUGCUCCUUUCUUCGGCUGGGACAGCGUUAAAGUCAAACUGGAGUUCAAAGGCGUGGUGGCCGUCACGAUGUCUCUGAUGUCGCUGGAUAUAAACCAAUGCCCUGACAAGUACUACGUGCCAAACGCUUUCAAGAGCACCGACAAAUGCGACCGGAGAUCCUCUUAUUGCGUCCCAAUCCUGGGCCGCGGGUUCGAAGCGGGCGGCUACAAGUGCGAGUGCCUGCAAGGCUACGAGUACCCCUUCGAGGAUCCGAUCACGUACUACGACGGUCAGAUCGUGGAGGCCGAGUUCCAGAACAUAAUCGCCGACAAGGAGACGCGCAUAGACAUGUUCAAGUGUCGUCUAGCUGGCGCCGCGGCCAUGCAGAGCAGCUUUAUAGUGAUCGUCGGCGUUUUGUUAGUGCUGAUGAGGGUUAGGUAAGGUACUGUGUAGUCUGCGCCAAUAGAAUCCGGCAAUUUUAUAAAACUAGCAUCUAUAAGAGGCUACAGUCAAGCCUAUCACGCUAAUAGUAUGUUAGCGAUAGUGAAAUUAAGGAGACAAUGGUCUGUGUAUUAGGACCUUAAAUUCACGAUGAGUAAGAAUCUUAAGAGAUUUACCUCACUUGGCAAUAAACUAUGUAUACAUAAAUCACUAAAGACAGACAGUUUCGUGUAAAUGUUAUUCGGUAUCAUUUGUUUGAAAGAUUGUCGAUUUCUAUUGGCGCAGUCUAUAGUAAGUUUAUUAUUCCGAACAGCGGUGACCCGUCGGAAUGCUAAAAACAAUGUUAUCAUUGAUCAAAGAUAUUUUUUAUAGAGAAAAAGUGAAAAUUAAGCUAAGGUAGUACAAAAUUGAUAAAUUUUAUCACAAAAAUGCAAUAUCACAGUUCAGGAUAAUAUUAUUAUAAUAAAACUCCAGUGAACAUAAGGUUGCCUUAGGCUGUAUACAGCUAUUGUUUAAUUUAACUGUCCCAAAUGUGGGACGUGUGCAAUAUUUUACAGGAUAUCAUUGAAUCAUUUUAACUUUUCUUUAAAAACUUAUUUUACUUAAUCUCAACAGAAUCUCUUUAAUCAAUUUUAUGUAUAGAAUAAUGUGAGUGUAUUCAUACAUAGUGUUAGAUCUUAUUUACCUCUCAGUCAAAGAUUUAAGUUUUAUAAAAAAAUAUUUUUAUGUGACCCAAAUAAAAAUUAACAUUUUACUUUUAUAAUAUUAUAUCAUUCCAAUUACAUUUCAAAACACAUAGUUGUUACGUCUUUAUUUAAAAAACUUAUUGUUUUGUACCUUUACAUUUUACUGUCCAUUUUUUAUGUUACAUUUUUUUAUAACUUUUUACUCUGUUGUGUACCUAUUUAUUACUAUAUCUCUUAUUUUAUAUGAUAUUAUUAUUUUACAUUGCAUUUUUCUAGUUAUUAUGCUGGACAUAUCUUUAAAAGCUAAUGAUUUAUUAUAAGACUUAAGACUUUUUGAAUAUUGUUUAUACAGUGAGCCUGAUAUUUUCUUAUUUGUAUUGUGUAUUCUAUGCGUUUGCAUUUAGUUUUAUUAUUAAGAAGACAUACCGUUGUGUAGGGUUUAUUUUUUAUUUAUGUAUAGGAAUGAUUUGUAUUGAAAAACGUAUCAAAUGUAACAUUUUAUGUAUUUCGUUUUUUUUUUAUGUUUAUAAUUCAAUUAAACAAUAUAAAU